UCAGGCGCCCACAUGAUUCUAGCAGAUGCUGCAGAAGAUUCCAAACACAUCUGCCUCUAACUUUUAUCUGCUUUUCCUCUCCACUAGCAUUUUAUUUUCUGCAAUUUUUCCCCCACUCCAAAAGCCACCAUUUUUCAGCUAUAAAUGGCCCCCUCCUCCAAGCUUCACUUCCCUUUUCCCCUCUUCCCCAUCUCCUUAGUAAGGUUUUCCUUACACUGAGCUCUUUUUUUGCUCUUCAGAUCUUCACUUCUUUUCCUAGUUGUUACUACUGUCUUUGAGUAUUGACAACUCCAUCCUGACACCUCAGCUCAAUCAUCCUCUGAAAAUUUCAAUCUUUGUUUCUGAAUCUUCAGUGUUUACAGGGGGAGGUUCUGCCAAAAAAUUUCCCUCUGACCAUCCAUUUUGCAAGGGGAGGUUCUGCCAAAAUUUUCCUCUUUCUCCAUAAUUAUUCAGGGGGAGAUUCUGCCAAAAUUUUCCUCUUUCUCCAUAAUUAUUCAGGGGGAGGUUCUGCCAAAAUUUUCUCUGACAACAGUUAAUUUGUAAGGGGAGGUUCUGCCAAAAUUUUCCCUGGUCAUCAACUUCCCCGUCUGUGUGACACACCUGCAUAAAUAUAUACAACAAACAUAACUUUUUUGCAAGGUGAGGAAGGCUACUUUUAUCUGUUCUUGAUGAUAGACUCGUAGAGAAGCAGUACUGCUUGUGUAGAUGCUGUUGCUCAUCAUCCCUGAGCACCUUGUGUCUGGAUUUAUGACUGGCCCAGCCAUAACCCAGCUUGUUCAGUCCUUCUCUGUUGUCUUCCUCUACUGGUUCUAUGUCUUCUCAGUAAGCACCCUCUAGUUGUGGUCUCUUCAAAUUACAAGGCUUAUUUAUACAGCAUAAUUACCAAGGCAUCCAUAUAUAUAUACUACAAGUUAUAUUUACUAAGAAAAAAAAGGAACAAAGAGGGAGUGAAAUUGCUGCUGGUAAAAAGAGAUAAAAUUGUUGAGAGGUGACCAUGUCAAGUGGCACAUCAUCCGGGUGGAGCCGGGGCACCCGGAGCUCCAGGUCAGAGGAUGACCAUGAGCUGAACCUCCAGGCCCAGAUGGAGAGGAAGAGGAAGAGGAGGAAGGAGUCGAACCGAGAGUCAGCUCGGAGGUCUAGGAUGAGGAAGCAACAGCACCUCGACGAACUCACCUCGCAGGUGAACCAGCUGAAGAGUCAGAACCAGCAGCUGAGCAUGGCUCUGGGCUUGACCACACAGAACCUUGUGGCAGUGCAGGCACAGAACUCUGUGCUGCAAACCCAGAAGAUGGAGCUGCAGAGCAGGCUGUGUGCCCUAACUGAGAUCCUGAUGUGCAUGAACUCAAGCACCACCACCACCACCAGUGCUGCUACCACCAUUCCAGCCACUGCCAGUGCUUGUGAUGUCUUUGGUGCCAGCUCAUGGAACCAGACACCCAUAGACUUGUACCAGUACCAGUGCUUCUGAUCUAGUGAGAAGAAGAAGAAGAAGAGGUGGUUGUGGUAGUGGUGUAGGACCAGAAUGAAAGGAGGCAGUCAUCAUCUAGUAAUGUUUCAAUCCAUUGUAGGCCCAUUGUGUCACUGUUGGUGUAUGCAAUUCCCUCUUGAUUGCCUAUUCUAGGGACAGGGAUAUCUGGCUUUCUUGUAGUUGGUGGUAGAGGGAUGGCCAUAUGGCAAAAUGGUGCUUGGCAAUGUGUUAGGUGGGGCUGUUUUGGUUGUUAUGGGUAGGGAGGAGAAAUUGGUAGGCAAUACAUGUCCUAUUGAGAUAGGGAGGCAAAGGAUUUUGUGUAAUGAUGCUCUGCAAGAAGAAAAGAAAUAUUGCAUAAUGAUGGUGGUAAUGUAAUAUGUGAACUUUCUGUUC